UAUGGAUCGACUUUUACGUUUAGGAGCAGCAGGAAUGUCUGGAUUAGGAGGGGGGAAUAGUAUGCCAAAUGAUGGACCUGUUGUCGAUACAGCAGAACAAGUUUAUAUCUCAUCUCUCGCACUUUUAAAAAUGUUGAAACACGGCAGAGCUGGAGUUCCUAUGGAAGUUAUGGGUUUGAUGUUAGGAGAAUUUGUCGAUGACUACACAGUCCGAGUAAUCGACGUUUUUGCUAUGCCUCAAUCCGGAACAGGAGUCUCUGUAGAAGCUGUAGAUCCCGUAUUUCAAGCUAAAAUGUUGGAUAUGCUUAAACAAACUGGAAGACCCGAAAUGGUUGUAGGCUGGUACCAUUCUCAUCCUGGUUUUGGAUGCUGGUUAUCGGGAGUAGAUAUCAAUACCCAACAGAGUUUUGAAGCUCUUUCUGAUCGAGCGGUAGCAGUUGUCGUUGAUCCUAUUCAGAGUGUUAAAGGAAAAGUUGUGAUUGAUGCUUUUCGAUUAAUCAGUCAAAAUAUGAUGGUACUAGGACAAGAACCUCGUCAAACUACAUCCAAUCUUGGUCAUUUAAACAAACCCUCAAUUCAGGCUCUAAUUCACGGGUUGAAUAGACAUUACUACUCUCUCGCUAUUAAUUAUAGAAAGAAUGAAUUAGAACAAAAAAUGCUGCUUAAAUUGCACCAACAUUCCUGGAUGACUGGUUUAGAACUCCAGGAUUAUGAAGACCAUUGUAAAGUAAAUGCCGAUACUGUUAAAACAAUGCUGACUUUGGCUAAUAACUAUCACAAGGCUUUGGAAGAGGAAGAGAAUAUGACACCGGAGCAAUUAGCUAUUAAGAAUGUUGGAAAACAGGAUCCAAAGCGACACUUGGAAGAGAAGGUGGAUGUUCUAAUGAGUUCCAAUAUAGUGCAAUGUUUAGGAGCAAUGGUUAGAACGGUCGCUUUUAAAUAA